AUGGCACCGACUCCCUCAAGGUCUCCCGGACUUCACGAAACAGUCUCCAGUUCUGCAAUCGUCUCAACCAAGAAAUCCUCUUCUCCGGCUGAUCCGGGAACCGGCAAAAUGCAUGUUUUCCAGUUAAGUGAGAUAACUUUAAAUGGUUAUUAUCUUGUCCAACAAAGUCUAACACAAACACAUGAAGAUGAGUCUAUAGCCGUGCCAGUCGGAAUGAAGCCAGGUACAGCUCAAGAAUUUACGGCAUCCAACAUGGAAUGGCGACUCAAGAAAAAAAGCCCUUCAGGCCUAAACUGCAGACGUUGGCCUGCCAACUUGGAGGCCGGCCCGGCAACCAGACCCCCGUGUAGACCUCCCCCCAUCACGGGCGCAGGAAGUGAUUGGCCGGCGUGGGUACUCUGUGAACAGGAGGGCGAAGUGAAUAGGCUAUUGAGUGCCAUAAGAGAAGAAAAUGCCUGUCUGCCUAAUAAUUGUGGUGUGAAAGUUGCAUCAGACUGGUCACCCAACAGCCCUUCCACGAGAUUGACUGAAGAACUGUUCCAAUCCUUUGAGGAAGAUGUGCUCGAGGUGGAUACCGUGAGCCUCGAACCCUGCGACCCGAUCCGGAGGAGAGAUAAGAUGGCAACCGCUGAGCAGCAUCAAGCGACAUCAGCGUUCCAUGUUGGUUUCAGACAAAUAGUGCAGCGGAUGCGAUUGUUGGGCUUGAGAGUCAAGAAAAAUUGGAAGAUUCAUGCUGACGCUGUUUCCGAGGCAAUCUCCUUCGAUUCCGGUGAACACGUGCUGAGCUUUCAUCAUAUGACGGACAUCAUCAGAGCGAGGUAA